CCCUCCAGCUGUUUCUCUGGCAGAGCUCUGGCCCAUUCAGGACGGCAGCCCUGCUGAGCAAAGAGCGCACAGAGUGGGUCUCCCUGGGAGCCUGCGAGAGAUGAGGAUGUUCUGGGGGGCUGUGCUCUGGGGGAUUGGAGGGGGUCUUGUAUGAAUGCAUGAACUGCUUUCUGGGCAAACAGCCACAACCCAAGAACAGUGUGAUUUCAAGAAAGAAGUCGGGGAACACAGGUCUCCUGCACAGCCUCCAGUGGCCUGAAGCCACGAAAGCCUUGGGAAGAUCUGGGUGGAGACCAGCCACAAGGUAUUUCUAGCUGUGUGCUCUGAGACUGAUCAGCCAAAGACCCACGUUGGAGAGCUUUGGAUGUCACAACAGUGAAUAAACAAGAAUGGAUUUUGAGGAUUACAACUCCACCUAUGAGGAUUCGUACACAGAUGAUUUCGACACCAUUGUUGCUUUAGAGGAGUUCUCUCCCCUGGAAGGCAGGGUGGUCAGGAUCUUCCUGGUUGUGGUCUACAGCAUCAUCUGUUUCCUGGGGAUCCUGGGCAAUGGCUUGGUGAUCGUCAUCGCCACCUUCAAGAUGAAGAAGACAGUGAACACCGUCUGGUUCCUCAAUCUGGCCGUGGCAGACUUCCUAUUCAACGUCUUCCUCCCAAUCCACAUUGCCUAUGCCGCCAUGGACUACCACUGGGUGUUCGGGACGGCCAUGUGCAAGAUCAGCAACUUCCUGCUCAUCCACAACAUGUACACCAGCGUCUUCCUGCUGACUGUCAUCAGCUUUGACCGCUGCAUCUCCGUGCUCCUCCCUGUCUGGUCCCAGAACCACCGCAGCAUCCGACUGGCUUACAUGGCUUGCGUGGUGAUCUGGGUCCUGGCUUUCUUCUUGAGUUCCCCAUCCCUCGUCUUCCGGGACACAGCCCAUCUGCAUGGGAAAAUAUCCUGCUUUAACAACUUCAGCCUGUCCGCCACCAGCUCUUCCUCAUGGCCUACUCACCCCCAAAUGGACACUGUGGGGUUUGGCCGGCAAAUGGUGGUGACCAUCACCCGCUUCCUAUGUGGCUUCCUAGUCCCAGUGCUCAUCAUCUCAGCCUGCUACUUCACUAUCGUCUAUAAGCUGCGGCGCAACCGCCUGGCCAAGACCAAGAAGCCCUUCAAGAUCAUCGUGACCAUCAUUAUCACCUUCUUCCUCUGCUGGUGCCCCUACCAUACGCUCUACCUCCUGGAGCUCCAUCACAGAGCCAUGCCUGGCUCCGUCUUCAGCUUGGGUGUGCCCCUGGCCACUGCCAUUGCCAUUGCCAACAGCUGCAUGAACCCCAUUCUGUAUGUCUUCAUGGGUCAGGACUUCAAGAAGUUCAAGGUGGCCCUCUUCUCCCGUCUGGUCAAUGCUCUAAGUGAGGACACAGGCCACUCCUCCUACCCGAGCCACAGGAGCUUUACCAAGAUGUCAUCCAUGAAUGAGAGGGAGACCAGCAUGCUCUGAGCCUCACCUGGAAGCCCCCAGUAGAUACUUCCAACCUUGGGGGCACAAAGCCAUGCCUUCUCAAGACCACAACAAGAAUCUCUUGGGUACCCACAGGUGCCCACUCUAUUUUGCAUGGGGCUGAGCAAUGUUUUGAGCUGGGAAUCCAGUUGGAACCCCUUUCUUCCAGCGGCAUGGUGGACAGAGCAUGCCAUGGUGCUUAGCCUUGGACCAGCAUCUCAUGCUUCUUGGGAGACCAGAUUUGAUUGAUGCAAAGCAAAAAAGAGAUUUCUCAAAAGCACUGCCAUGAAAUGGGAUGGGCUUAAGACAGAAGGAUUAAGCUACCUACUGAGUGCUCCCCAGAAAUGAUACCCACACUUUCCAAGGCCCAUUCCUGAUGUGAGCAGAGGAGGUCAGAGCAAGCACAGUGUGAUAUAAAUCAUGCCUUGUCCCAUGUCCCUACAUCAACAGCCUGCCAGAAAUCCUACCACUCAAGCCAUUCCUCUGGGUUAGGGCAUAUAGAAAUGCACACACCUUCUUCAGGUUCCCUGGGAGGAGAGGGUUACAAAUGAGCACAGGAACUCCCAGGACCAUGCAUUUGACUUUCAGAUCAGAUGGGAAGACAGAGAACAGGUUCCAAGGGCCCAUGGGGCUCUUGUGGGGGCAAGAGAAGCAGGGCUGCAAUGAGGACUUGGGGCUUGGGGGAAGGAAUGGAGAAAGAAAAGACCUUUCAAAGCAUGUAUGCAUGAAGCAGCUCACCCUAGAACUUCCCAGGGCUGUAGCUCUUUUGGGGGUGGGCAUGCCAGCCCCUUGUCCUAAGCCCUGUUCUCACUUGGUGUUUGUUACCCUCAGGCUGGUUCGAGGUGGCAGCUUCACAGCAGCCCACACUCUAUCACAGGGACUCCUCCCUCUUCCCUGGUCCACUGGCUGUGGUGAGUGGUGCUCAGAAUAAAACACCCCAAGGCAGGGGGCAGGUUGGGGGAGGACUUGUCUCCUUCUCAACUUCCUCAAAGCCUGGGCGACAACCUGGAAGCACCUCGCAUAUCAAAGAUGUGUCCAAGGGCUCAGUCCCUGAGCUCAAAGCAGAAUCUGGAGCCUGGAUCCUUGGACCAUGCUCCUGAGAUGCAGCGCUGAGGGAGUCUCGGGCACAGGGCUCCUAUAUACAGUCAUGUUGCCUUUUCUGGAACCUGAACCUCCCUGUGCUGCAAUGUCAUCAUCCAUUUAACAAAUGAAACUCAGAGGAAGAAAGUCUCUCAUCCAGUGUCAUACAGCUAGCCAGAGGCAGAGUUAAGGUCUGCAGCCAGCUCUGUCUGGUCCCAGAAACUCUAUUCUUUUAUGGACAAUAUAUGUACUUAGGACAUUCUAGACUAUCCUGGUAACCUACAUUUAUUUAGCACUUCUAUGUUAAGCACUUUACAUAUGUAUUUCAUUUAUCCCUCACAGCAGCCCUGAGUUAGGUACAAUUAUCACUUCCCUUUUAUGGAUGAGGUAUAUGGAACUCAGAGAGUUUAAGUAACUUGCCCAAGGGCACCCAGCUGGUCUCUGUUAGAGUCUGAACUUGAACCUAGGUCUGUCUGGCUCCAAUAGGGCCACAGAGGCUUGGGGUUUUGACCCUAUCUAUCUAUCUUCUAUCUAUAUCAGCAGGUUAAUGUAAACAUCUUAAAGGCAGCUUUGCAAAGAGUUCUUAAAAAUGAUCCAACAUGGCAAAGAAAAUGUCCUUGGCUUCCAGUUCCUUUGGCACCCGUUCAUAUCCACCCACCUGGCUCCCACCUCCUGUGCCUCCUGAGCUCUCUGGGGAGGGUAGUGGGGACAGGGGCUUGGUGGGAAGGCCCUUUGGCCUCCAAGUGUCCAUAUUCUGCUCUUGUCCAAGUUUCUUCACUGCGAAGCCAAUUCUCCAAAAAGAUGCAGUGAACAGAUGUAAUGUCUACAUAGCGCCAGGCAGUUCCCGAGGCCACGAGCUGUCUGGAAUUAUACCUCAUUAAGAGACAAACUGUUCCUUCCUUUGUUGGGUCAUUGUACUUGUGACAAGGCAGCUCUGAACUGACCCCAAGCUGGAGCCUCUGAGUGCUUCAAGCAAUCUGCGCUUAGUUUGAGAGCAAAAAGGAAGCUUUAAAUAUUGUCCAGUGCCCCAUGUCACUCACCUCCCCAACUUCACAGGGGAAGCAUCCAGGGCACAAGAUGGAGUGGGACAUGUUCUGGGCCCCAGAGACAGUCAUCAGCCACUUGGGGAGGACUGUGCUGUUUCUUGGGGCUCAGUUUCUUGUUACUCUGGGGCUGCGUGCAUGCCAGGCCGUGCCGCAGAAGCCAGGAAACCAUUUUGUUGUUGGAAAAGCUGAUGAACAGGAGCAAAAUUAAAACCAGCUGUUUCCCUCCUUGGAGUCAGGGCUGGCUCUUUCUGGCUGCCCCACCAGUCUUCCUGUUCUGUAGUUUCCCAUCAAAUGCUUAAAUGCAACCACAACCUUUUUAGUCUUGUCCCUACAGCUUCUCCUGGGGACCCCCACAGGUCACACAUGUAAAGGCUCUGCGGUUCCCAAAGCACAUUCAUCUGAACUACUCCACAAGUGGCCAAUGUGCUUCAUGCCCAAGAGCCCUCCUCCCAGUGCCAAGACCUGCUGAUGGGGCCUCAGCGCUGCCUCCUGGGCAGGGUGGGUGGGUGGAGGGGGCUGCGAGCUGUAGGCUAAGGGACAAGAAGCGAAGAUGGUGUUUGAGGGUGGGGGAGAGGGAGGAGGGAGGGAAGAACAAAGGAAACAGAAUGACAAUGAAGGAAAGGGAUCUGGCAUUAAGUAUCUAGCAUUAUGUCAGGCAUAAAAUCUCACCAAGUCUCAAACCAGUCCUGUGAGAAGAAGAUCCUCAGACCUGUGUGGAAGAUGCAGAAAGGGGGUUGCAGAUUGGGGACCUCACUUGUUCCGGGUCACACAGUAGUAAACGGCGGAACUGGGUCUGCCCCUGAGUUCUUAGCUUCUUCAGUCUUUGGGAGGAUGGAGAGGCAGAGAGAGAGGGAGGGGCAGGGAGAGGGGACGGGAGAGAAGGAGGAGGAAGAGGGAGGGGCUCAGAAGGGGAGACUGACCCAGGCUCUUAAGCCUGACCCCAGAGUCAACUCUGGAGGCCUUAGGGGCCAGGAUAGGUGGGAGAAGAGAGAAUCCAACAAUGAGAAUUGGGCGGGCCUUUCAGACAUCCUGCCCAGGCCUUUCCCAUUUUACAGAUGAGGGAACUGAGGUUGCAAGAGCUGGCCUUUGAGAAACAUGCAAAAGGAGGUAGGGUUGGCUUGGAUGGAAGUGGUCAGUGAUUCCCUAACUCCUGCCUCUGGCCUCCCUCUCCCAUCCAUCUCCCUGACAGGCUACGAUGCUCUGACUUUGGAAAAUUGCUGCUGGGGCUGAUAUUCAGGACUAGGGGAACUGGAAAGUCACUUGUCUGACUAGGAAAUAAUUCAUAAGGGACUUUCUUGCUUCCAUUCUUUUUUUUAAAAAAAUUUUUUUUGGCUUUUUAGGGCUGCACCCACUGUACAUGGAGGUUUCCAGGCUAGGGGUCAAAGUGGAGUGGUAGCCACUGGCCUAUGCCACAGCCAUGGCAACGAUGGAUCCGAGCUGCAUCAGCAACCUACACCACAACUCACAGCAAUGCCAGAUCCUUAACCCACUGAGCAAGGUCAGGGAUCGAGCCUGCGUCCUCAUGGAUACUAGUCCAGAUUCAUUUCCACUGAGCCAUGACAGGAACUCCUUGCUUCCAUUCUUUGAGCACAAAGUUUCUCUUGAAUAAAGACACUGAAGCAAGCCUAAGGCUCUGGGCUGCAGGUCCUGCUCCUUGUCUUCCCUGCCCACCUCGUGGAAUAUUAGCCAAGGCUCAGAGAGGUGAAGUGUCUUGUCCAAAGUCACACAGCUAUGUUGUGAGACAGCAGGAGAAACCCUGAAAUUCACAAUCUCCCAUUCCCCACAUUUUGGACUCCAAGAAAUGCAUAUCUUGAAAAAAAUUCCCUGCACUCAUUUAUUUUUCCUGGCUAUGAGAUAGGUAGUGAUUUAGCCAAGAUUACAUAGAAAGCCAUGGCAGAGAGGAGACUGAAACCCAGGACUCUGUCCUCCUAAGUCUGUGCAUUGGGCUACCCAAGGACAGAGGCUCCCAUCCACACAGUCACCCAGCCAUCUUUCAUACACCCGUCUAUUUUCAUAACCGUCAAUAUAUAAAUCAACCCAUUUAUCCAUUCUGCAAGCAUCUACUUAAUACUCCUUUUUGCCAGGCCCCAUGGUCAGCACUGGGAAUAACGGGUGGUCAGGACAUACAUGGUCUCUGUCCUUCUGAGCUCAUUCAUUGGCCAGUGGUGACAGCCAAUUAAAAAAAAAAAUACCCCAAAUGGAAAACAACUAUAAUCAGUACUACCCACAUAUUAUAGAGGGAUGUGACCCUGGCCAAAGGCCAAGGAACUUCCCCAGGGGAAGAGACAUUUCAGAUAUGAAGGAUGGGUGGGCACUGAUUCAGUGGAGAGGAGCAGGAGAGGGUGCUUCAGGUAGAGAAACAGCAUGGGCAAUGGCAUUGAUUCAGGGGGCGGGGAGCAGACUGACUCUGGGAGACAGAAAGGGGGUGGGGCUGCAGCACUGAGAGUGAGCAGGGACCAGAUAGGAUGGAGAGGAGCCUUCACCUUGAGAUGAAGGGGAAGCCAGGUGGAGGGAAUUAAGGGCUCAGACCUGCCUACUGAAAGGAGGCCCAAUGGCCAGGGCUGCUCUUGGGGGACAAGGUGGAGAGGGGCAAGAGGGGAAGUGAGAGACUGCUGGAGCAUCCAGGUGAGUACGAUGGUGCCUGAUUUGGGGAGCCAAGGUAGAGCUUGAGAGAAAUGGACUGUUCCAGAGAUAGUUAAAAGCUACCCAAGCUUUCUCUGGGGAGCGGUUAGCAGGAAACCAACCCAGGGCUCGUUUCAGCUGCAGAGGCCUCGGUGUGUUGCUUUAUUGACGGGAAUUAAUUGUAAAUAUUAUUCAAAUUUACUUCCCAAUGCACAAUUAUAUUUCUCAGGGGAGCCCUCUGAGCACAUAAUAAAGCCCUAUAAAUAAUACAUAUAUUAACCUAAGAGGAACAGAGGCACAUUAACGCAGCAGUUGCGGGUGGUGGCUGGGGCGAAUUUACGCAGACAAGACUCUACGUGCUUGAACUUGGGGUUUAACCUCAGAGGUUACCGAGUUCUGCCCUGAGGGAUCCUCCAGGCACCCUCCAAGAAAUCUGCUGUCAUUAAUCUCAUUGAAUCCUUCUAUUGAACUUUGUGGUAGGGACCAUUAAGCUAGUAAGUGACAGAGCUAGGACUAAAACUCCAGUCUCUUUGAUCCUAAAGGAACGUACAGACAUAAACCAUCCUCUAAAGGAACUCCUCCCAGCAGAGAGGAUGGCAAACACAUGCUCCCUCUCCAGUGGCAGAUUUUGAAGAGGUGGGAGUGGGGAAACCUGAGAGAUGGCGUUUUCAUUUGGAGAGAAGAAAUGGUGUUGGGGUGAGCUUGUCACUUCAUUCUGGCUCUGGGAAGCUUAAGAUUGUUGAGUGUGGAAGAGACUCCUUCAUUAUGUUCACUCCUUCCCAUCCCCCCAUUUUGCAGCAGAUAAAACUAAGGCUUCUUUGCAAAUAAGAUUGGGAAGUCCUACCUCACUGGCUGCUGUGAGAUAUGUGGCAAUGCUCAUGUGAGUCACUUUUAAAGCAUCAUCAUUCUAGAGUCCUGGGCAUUCACCGAGCUGCCCUCCUCACUUCUUAGUUUGUUGACAAGGGUUUUGCUGCUGGUCUGCCCUGAAGGGCUCUGCCCAGGAUUUGGAGUCACUGGGGAGUUUCUAGCAGAGUAUCCUUCCAGGGAAGGCAGGAAAUCUUGGAAAAACAUGGCACAGGGCAGAGAAUGCUGUGUUUGGGGCAUAAACUUUACCAUUCAACACUGUCCAGGGUGUGAGUGAGAGAUGUUUUUUAUCUUGAUCUAAAUGGUGGUUCCACGGCUGUCUUCACAAGUAAAAGCCCAUUUAUCUGUACAUAUAAGAUGAAUGCACUUCACAGGAGUAUAUUAUGCCUCAAUUAAAGGUAUUUUUUAAAAUAAAAUAAUUCAUGGUGUCUGCA